GAGCAGAGCGCUCCGAGAGGAGAAAAACAACAGCAGCGAAAACAGCAGCAAAAGAAGCAGCAGCGACGAUGUUUUGCCGCAUGCACCUCGCACCAUUCGCCUCCAGCUCCCUGGCCACCCGCUUGGGCACGGUGAGAACCCUCUGGCCGCACGCAGAGACCAUCUUCACCGAACUGCAGCAGGAGAUGGAGAAAGCUCGGGAGUUCAUGAGCAGCUUCGAGCAGCUCCUGACCAGCCAAGGAGCCAUGGCCUUGGAGAGAGCCCCGAGCACCAGCGCUGCCCUGACCCAGAGCUCCGGAGAAGGCUUCUCUGUCUGCCAGGACGUCAAGAACUUCGCUCCCGAGGAGCUGUCGGUGAAGGUGGUGGGCAGGAAGGUGGUGCUGGUGGGGCAGAAGGAGACGCAGAACACCGAUGAGAAGGGCUCCUUCUCCUACAAGUAUGAGGUGCUCAAGCGGGAGUGGGACGUGCCCGAGGAGGUGGAUGCCGAAGCGCUGACCUGCUCCCUGUCCAAGGAGGGUCAGCUUCGCAUCGAAGCCCCCAAGCUGGCCCUGCCGGCCACCUCAGAGAGGAAUGUCCCCAUCCAGAUGGGCUCUGCAGCCCCACAGCCCGGACCAGCCUCCGAGAACGGAGCCACCAACAAAGCCUAAGAUGUAACGGGAGGAGUGAUGGCCCACGGCAGGACCGGAGCAGACAGGGGCAAGUCUUGGGUUUUAGUCCAGACAAGCUCCAUCAACAAUGAUGUCAUUUUUUUUCACUAUACUGGAAUGUUUUUGUAUCCAAUAAAAUAGCUUUUGCAUACAA